GGUAGUCUUUAAAUUUUUCGUUAAGAAAACUGUCGAAUGAUAACAGAUAUAUUUAUGUGAAUAUAUAUUAAAGCAUAAAUAUUUAACUAAAUUGGGUUAAAAAAUAUAAUGUCUAGUAGUAAGUCGGGAAAGACUGAUUCUAAGGAAGGGGGAAAAACGAGAGAUAAACCAGAAGCUCCUCUAAAGGUUGUAAUUCGUCAUUUACCACCUUCUUUGACCAAAGACACGUUUAUCGAACAAGUUUCACCAUUACCUGAACAUAACUAUUUCCGCUUUUGUAAAGCAGAUUUAAGGCAAGUUUUGGGACAAAAUGCUUAUAGCAGAGCCUACAUUGCAUUCAAAGAUCAAGACAGCCUCUUCUCCUUCUCGAGUAAGUUUGAUGGAUAUGUAUUUGUUGACGCCAGAGGUAAUGAAUAUCAAGCCAUGGUAGAAUACACACCCUAUCAAAAAAUAAGUAGGAAAGCUAAAAAAGAGGAUUCUCGUAAAAAUACUAUUGAAAAUGAUUCAGAUUACUUGAAAUUUCUCGACAAUCUCUCAUCAAAACCAAUAACACAUAUUGGAUUGGAGCAAAUGUUGACCGAGAUUGAUAAUAAAGCUAAAGAGAAAGAAAAUAUUGCGAAACAAACAACACCUUUAAUAAUGUCAUUAGUACGUCGUCGAGAAGAGCGACAGAGAGUUCGAGUCGAAAGAGUGAAUAGAGAACAGCGUAGAAGAGAGGCAGAAGAACGAAAAGAAAUUGAAAAGAAGAAAAAAAUAAAAGAAAGGAGGGAAAGGGAUCGGGAAAGGAAAGAUGAUGAGCACCAUAGGAAAAGAGAAAAAGCACAUAGACAUUCAGAGAAACAUUCGGAGCCUAAGAAAAGCUCAGGAGAUGAGAAUUUUUCUAAGAGAGAUAGAGAGGAUAACAACGCGGACGAUGGGUCAUCAUUGAGGUCUUCUGCAAAGUCUAGUGAUCGUCCUGAAAAAACAUCGAGAACAAAAUCAUCGUCUUAUUACAGAAGUUCAGAUAGACGUAAACCUCAUUCGGAGGAAAAAUCCCGAAAUAGAGGAGAUAAAGUUCGAAAUCGAGAUCGACCGCAACGAGAGCUUUAUGUUGCUGGUAAGAAAGAGCGGAAAAAUGGUCAAAAUGAAUAG